AUGAGUGAUGAAGAUGAGCUGCAAUAUCUGAAACAACUGGAAGCCCAGCGAAAUGCGUUCGAAGCCCAAUUUGGGUCGUUAGAAGAUAUGGGCUUCCAGGACAAAACCAAGAAAACUGUAAUACAAAAUGAUGGUGAUGGGCAGUCCGACACUGGCUCCGACUCCGACUCUACCGAAACUGAAACUGAAACUGAAACCGAAACCGAUUCAAAUGCCCCCCCAGAACCUGCUCCACCUGCUCAACCCGCCCAGCCUAAAAUAAUAACAUUUAGUGGCCCUGCAGACAACUAUAUCCCACCUUCAAAGCACCAACAGCGGCUUCUAAGAAGUGGCAAAGCCCCUUCCAUAAACCAGCUUCAAGAAUUACCGUCUGAAAACGACGCUGAUGACGACAGUAGCUUCGCUGAACGACAAAACCUAAAAAAUGACAUCGAACUACAAACCUUUCUAAAAGAAUCUCACCUGUUGAGUGCCCUAUCCUCCUCCAACUCCAACUCCUCCGGCGCAGAGCUGACAUUACAAACAAUAAACAGCAACGACUUUCAUGGCAAAAUCCGCUCCCGUACACUAGAAAGAAGACUCCAGUCCUUAUCCGCAGUCAAUGGCAAAGCCCAAUCCCUGGAAAAGGUCCCCAUCAACAUCCGCAGAGGAAUGCUGCAAAAACAUCAAACCAGAAUCCGCCAGCACGAACAACUGGCCCGCGACGCAGGCAUCAUCCUUCCAAACGUCAAAAAGGGCCAAUUCCGCAAAAUCGACGCUACACACAAGAAAGACAUUGAAAGACGCAUUGGCUCCAGCAUCAAAUCCGCUGACAGACGUCGUUUCAAGGCAAAGAAGAGAGAUAAAGGCCUACGCAUCAAUUCCAUAGGACAGAGUACAAGAAACGGUCUCGUGAUCAGUAAAUCCGAGAUCGCCAGAAUUACUGCGGCACCGGGGAAAGACCCCAAGAAGAAGAAGAAGAACCACCGCUGA